AUGGAAGAGAAAGAGGACACGGAGAACGGGCCUCAGCCUGCUCAGAUAUCAUAUUUACCUUAUUAUCUUCUUGGAAGUGUCUUACAAGCUGGAUGGUCAUCGACAUGGAUGACAAGGCACUACGAUAUUUGUGCCAUUGCCCUUCUAUUUAACCUAUUUCUCCAAGUGUACGCUUUUUCCAGCGUCCUUGGGGGCUCGAGGAGCCAGCGAUUUCCUCCAGUCAACAUCCUCACACAUCUCCUUGUCAAACUUCGAAUCGCAACCUCGGUGUUGGGAAUAUGGAAGGCAUGGGGAGCGAUCGACAUUAUUCCACCGCCCACCGCCCUGGAAGGCAUUGUCAACUGCGUUUUCUUCAUCGUCCUCGCCUUAUCCUCUGGCCCAGAUCCGACAUUGGGUCUGUUACUCACUUUCGUCCUGUCCAGUUUAGCGCUGGGGAGAUUCCAUAAUCUGGGAUGGCACUUGGCGUUCAACUGGUCGGCUGUAAUUUUAUUCAUGGCCGUCACUCUAGAUUGGGCGUUUGGUGUAGCUGUAAGGAGACAUUUGGUUGGAACGAGGCCACCCUCAAGUUGCCCAAGUCCUACCCUUCCUGCUAGAGUAGAGCCUGCCAAUUGA